AAACAAACCAGGCUACAUUGGACAAGAAACGUAAUUUACAACCGUCGAAGUGGUUGUCAACAUGUCGGUGGCGUCCAGGGUUUUUCCAACGAUAGCAACACAGCAAUUUGAAUAUCUAUAUAUCGAUAUCCAUACGUUUGUCGAUAGCAAUAUAUAGUCAGGCUGGCUGAAAACGAAAUUAAAAGUAUUGGCCUUAGAAUCAAAUAAUUUGACACCAAACUCAACAUGUCGGUGGCGUCCAGGGUGACACUGGGCUUGGCGGUGACAAUUUCCAGCGCCAUCAUAGGCUAUGUACAUUAUAAACAAUCCGAAGACCGCCUCAAACUGCACGAGGGUGUUAUACGCGACGUGGAGCAGCAGCAGAGGCGGAAACACGAAAACACCUAUUCGCUGCAGCAACAAAUUGACAUGACAAAGCAACUGAAGAAGCAACUGGAGGCCUCUUCGCCGGCACAGUCUCAGUCGCAAGCACAGCCGGUGCAGGUGGAUGUCGCACAGCAGCAACAGCCCAAGAGUCCUGCAACAAAUCUAGAGGCCAAUAAGGAGGCGCCACCAAGCCAGCGCACAGAUGCAGUUUAAACUUUUCAUUUAUGUAGUCCACAAAAUUGUUCAGCGACUAAGUACAAACAGUAAGAGAGAAUCGGACCAACA